AUGACAACAGUUGAACGCAAGGAGCACAUAGCAACAUGGGACGGUGACGCCUCUCGUUGGUUGGACUACGUCAAGCGUGUUCGACUGCAGUAUGAGAGGACUGAACCUAAGAAGCGUUGUCUGCUUGGAGCUGAGUUGGCAAGUCGCCUCACCGGCAAGGCUUGGGAUAUCACCUCAGCCGAGGUGGACCACAGUCGAUUGCAGCGAGCUGACGGAGCAGCAUAUUUGUUGAGCUUUUUGGAAGAGCGUUUGUGCAAGACCCCCAUCCCUGAUGUUGGACAAAGAUUGGAAGAGUUUUUCAUGAAGUUGAGAAGACAACCUGGAGCUUCCAUGACAGAAUGGGCCACAUCACUGAGGGAGUCAUACCGACGCUUGCAAAGAGCCAUGGCCCGUCAGCGACAGCAGAACAACCCAGGUUCCGAAGUUGCAGUUGAGUUGAACAGCCGCCGACCGAGUGCCUCAUCGCCGACUCCAGCACAAAGGUCUGACCGAACGACACCUCAGGCCAGACGAGAUGCGCCAGUGACCUUCCCAGACAUCCCUGAGGGAGGUUCCAAUCCCGGCAGAACUGGACAAGUCCAGGAGACCAAUGAGGAGCCCAAUGACCAUGAAGGUUAUGAGGAGCUUCCGCAGUCAGAGCAUGGUUGGUCCGAGCAGCGAUGGACCGCUGACGAAUGGCGCCAGUGGCAACGUGACCGCUGGCAGAGACAAGAAGACGAUGACACGUCUUCGAAUUGGUGGGAUCAAAAAGAAGAGACCAUUCGUUGGGAACAGUUCGAAUUUGGUGAAGUGCAGAUCCUUCCCCAAGAGAUUUUGGGAUGGUUGUUACUCCGUAGGAGCGGACUUCCCGCAUCUGCCCGCCUUUCAGUCUUGAGCGCCAUCAACAAUCGGCUUGACUUGGACACCAUGGAACGUGCAAUGCGUGACCAGGAGGAAGAGCUUCUCGUGGCAGAAGCCAACCGGAGUCGGGGCGACUUGCAUCGCCCACGUCGAUCGUUUUGGGUCGAGCAGGAUUCACAGUGGGGUUUGUUGGGUGAUUUGGAAACAGAAGAGGUUGAUGAUAGUGCAAUUUAUUGGGUUGGUGAUCGUUUGCCACAAGAUGUUUACCCUGUUUGGGAUGACCCUUCUCCAACAUCCACUGCAUGGAGCACAUGGGCCCCGGACGGACAGGAGUUGAGUUGGCAGUGGAUGGACGAUGAUUUUUAUGCUCAGGACGCUGAAGGCAUUUUCUGGUCUUGGACCGAGACCAAGGAGUGGAUGGAUGCUGAAGAAUGUGCACAAGCCACUCCGAAUGAUUCAGAGGCCAUCUUUUCAGCUUUCGCCGCCUUUCAAGACAAGAUGAGAUCGUUUAGAGAUAGCCGAAAGCUCAAUUACGCUAAGCAGCACUCCAGAGGUUUUUACCCCUUUUCCAUGUUCAAAGGAAAGUCCAAAGGAAAAGGUAAGAAGGGUAAACCAAAGGGGGUUCAAGCCUCGCCUUCAAGCACUUCGUCUGCCCUGGCGAACUUCCAGAAGGGCAAGGGAUCUUCCGGCUCCACUCAACGACCGGGACACCCAGAAUAUCGAGGGUGCUUCAUUUGUGGCAGCAAGGACCAUGACUUUCGUGGUUGCCCAAAGAGAAGAUCUGAGACUUCGACCUCGAACUCAUCCUCUACCAGGCCAAACUACUUCUCAAACCAGAUCUUCGUUGUCCUGCCUGUCGAGGAGAAUGAGCAGCAGGCCAUGACGGCCACGGAGGACACCACAGCCGCUCUCGCGGCGGUGGCAGUUGAGUUCCCUGGCCAUGCAGUGAUCGAUCUCGGUGCAACCGAGUCAUUAGCCUCCCUCGAGGCCUUGCAGGAGAUCAUGAACCUUCGUCUCCAGAACUUCGGCCAUGAGGAGAUCGUUGUUCAUGAAGAGACCAAGCGCUUCAAGUUUGGAAAUGGAGACACGCAAAAGGCCACCUCUUUCAUUGAACUUCCACAGACCAUCGAUGGAACCACUCUGACCUUGGGAGUGCAUGCCAUAGAUGCUCCUGGCGUGCCGCUGCUGCUGAGCGUCCGCACGCUGAGGAAGAUGGGAGCCAGCAUCGACACCGAACUGAACCGCAUGCAGCUCCGUAGGUUUUCUGAUGCUUGGAUUCCUCUCAAGCAAAGUGCCAACGAGCACCUCCUUUUGGACAUGACCCGAGACUGGUAUCACCUUGAUGAGCCCUCCGUGUCCGCCGGAGCGUAUAUGGAGCUGUUUGACGGACCUGAGUGGGACAUGUGGCCGGACGAACGUGUUUGUGAAGAAUCUUUUGAGUCUCAACUUCAUGAUGCAGUACCAGUUCAUGACAUGUCCAUGCAUGAGGAAUUUGCAGCUUCAUCACAACAUGUUUUUUGUGAGAGUCUCGAAGAAGGUGAUGUGGUUGACAAGUGCGUGACAGAGUUCGCCUCUCCGGAUGACCCUUCCAGCUCAAGCAUGCACUUUGGUGCAAGAGCCAUUGUGACACUCGCCGCAGCCUCGACUGUCCUCCCAUUGGUGCAUCAUGGCAUCCUCUCCACCGACGCCGACCAAACCAAGAAGCCAGGAUGCUUUGCUCAAGGAGGCUGCGGAGAACAAAGCUCGUGCCGAGAAGGCCAAAUCAUCUUCCCGGAAGUCCAAGAAGGAUCGGACUCCAACGCCAGAGAAAUACGAUUUCUCGAGGGCGACAGGACAGAGUAUGUUCCAGCCUAUGGAGCGACUGGAGUAUACAGACAAGCAGGUCCACUCCCUCCAGAUGUGACCACCGUGACGGAGACCAUCGAUUCGAAAAGACUGGAGGAAGAGCCGCUAUACCGGGAGAACCUGAACGUGAAGUCCAUCGGCCAGACCGGAGCGGAGGAGUCCCUUCGCAAGAAGCUUCAAGAGUUGGAAGCCAAGAAGGCCAAGAAUCCACCUCGACUUCGUCCCGGAGGCUACAAGCCAAACGAUGCGGAGAUGCCUGCAACACAUGCCUCAGCGGCCAAGGGAACCCAGCGAGUGUCACCCGACCAGAAGAAGGCCAUGAAGAGGGAGAACGACAAGGGACCCGAGGAGGCCUAUGAUGGUGAACGAAUGGGCAUUUUGAGUAAGCCCCAACAAGAGCUCCUACAGGGCGUGGUGGAGGAGUUCAUGGAGGAGGUGUUUUUGGAUGCCGGUCGGACAGCUCUGCGAGUUGGACUACCGGCCCACGACCUGUCCAGCAAGAAAGGUGUUUUGGAGAUCAAGGAGAUGAUCAGUCGCUGGAAGCCGAAAGUUGCUUGGUUCUCACUUCCAUGUGGACCCUACUCGCCAAUUCAGGAACUCUUCAACGAGAAGGACGAGAAGGCCAUGCAACGGAGCUUGGAGAGGAAGAAGAAAUCCAAGAAGCUGAUUAAGAACGGGCUGGAGGUCGCGACUCAUCAACUUGAAUGUGGAGGUGAAGUCGCAUGGGAAUGGCCCACGAACAAUCGUGGGUGGAAUCUUCAACCAGUCCGAGCAUUUUGGCAAAGGCUGGAAUCCUCUGGUGACCUACAUAUCGCAAGAGCUGAUGGGUGCGCUUUCGACGUGAAGGAUGAGAAGACAGACCUUCCAAUCAAGAAGCCAUGGACCAUCAAGACAACAUCCAGGACUUUGACGCAGGCUGUUUCAAGAACUUGCCCAGGCCACCUCGUACAUCCUGAACAUCAAGAAUGUCUUGGAGGAGGACUAGCAAGGAAGUCCGGCUUCUACCCAAAGAAGUUCUGUCAGGCAGUGCUUCGAGCCAUUCGAGAAAUGACCGACGUCGGAGCACAAGGUGUACUACCAGCCUAUCCCGUCUUCGACACCCGUGACAUGGACAUCGAGGAGAAGGAGGUGAAGAAGAAAAGAGUGACACCACUCUCCGAAGUGGAGAGAAAAGGUGUCGAGAAGAUGCUGGAGCGACUGCGCAAAAGAACAGGACAUCCAUCCAAUGCAGCUUUGAGCGGACGCCUACGACAUCGAGGUGCUCACCCAGAGGUGAUUGAUAUGGCAUCACGCCAUCAAUGUCCUGAAUGUCAAGAAUUGAGAGCAGCGCCUUUGAAUCCCGCGCUGUCCAUCGAGAAGUCAGAAAUGCUUUGGGAAACUCUCGUGAUCGACAACAUGGGGUUCACUGUGGAUGACACCACCUACCACUAUAUGGCCAUGAUUGAUGAGGGCGGUGACGUCCAUCCCUGGCAAGCCAUCGCACAUGCUUGCCAAGCUCACAACCAAUUUGAAAGAGUUGAGGGCUACAGUCCAUAUCAGUGGGCAUUCGGCAGACAGCCGACCUUGACUGGCCGUAUGCACGACUCCGACCUCGACAUGCCCUAUUGGACUUCGGUGCAGGUCCCAGGUUCGAGCAUGAUGAAGAACCUAAAAAUCCGAGUUCAGGCACAACAAGCUUUCCUUCGACACCAAUCUCAGGAGCUGAUGAGCCGAGCGAAGAACGCCAAGACGAGGCGACAACAGGUCUUCUUGCCAGGAGAUCUGGUCUGCUUCAAGCGAGUGAAGCCACCGGCUCAAUCUCAAGCACAUCUUCGCCUACCUCACAAACUUUGGAGGUGGUACGGUCCCGCUCGUGUCCUGGCCUCAGAAACCAGGACGGAUGCAAAAGGCAUGGAGCGAAAGCCUAGCAGCAUCAUUUGGUUGGUUUCGCAAGGGCGAUUGAAAAGAUGCUCCCCAGAGCAGCUGCGACAUGCGUCGGCUCGAGAACAGGCCAUUGCAGAAGGCAUGAGCUCUCCCACUACAACCUGGACAUUCCAUAGCCUAGCUCAGAGUCUUUGGAAAGGAGAAUAUGAAAUUCUGGAUGACUAUUUGUUGCCAGAAGACCUUGUUUCUCGUGGAGCGCCAAAGACGCCAAGGAACCCGAGGGGAUCAUCUUCCAGCGGGAUCCAAAGUGAACCUCGCUCAACGGGCGUAGAUUUGGGACGCUUGAUUAGCGACCCGUCGUAUGAGCCGCAACCCAUGGCGACCGGUGAAGGGCGCAAGCUGCCUGAGCUAUUCGAGCAGCCCCUCUUCAAGAAACAAAGACGCCAACAUGGCGCUUCGGACGAUGAGCUGCUGGCGACUUCAUUCCUUGCAGAUGAUGGCUCAUUCUGCAACCCGAAUCUAGCCUGCGCCAUCGAGCUGCCCUUGCCUUCGAAAUCUUCGGAGUGGCGAUCUUUGAAGAGGAAUGCUGAGGCCUAUUUCGUGAAGAAGCUCAAAGGUGCCGAAGUCAAAUGGCACGAAUUGAGUGAGGCCAAGAAGAAAGAAUUUGAUGCCGCAAAGCAAGCUGAGGUCUCACAGUGGCUCGCCGCCUCCGCGGUGAAGAAGGAUCUCGACUUUGUGCAGAGCAAGACCGACCCGCUUGGACAACUUCAGAGUGAGAUCAACACUGCAACUGUGGCGACCCUGAGGGCCGCAAACAAGCUGGUUCGCGAGGCCUUUCAGGCACUCGCAGAGUGCGACCAGGAGCUGAUGUUCACCCGGCUCGCGUGGGCCGAAUUUUGUGGAGUGCCUGUGAAUUUGAAGAAGCCAUCCGACGCGGUGAAACAAGUCGUCGGUGGCGUUGUUGUUGACGCUAAGGCACUUUACGAUGUGCUCCUCAAGAGGGAUCUGAAUUCCUCAGGUGCCGGUUUGAAGGACAAAUUCACGGCGCUGGAGGUGCUGUGUUUGCUGGAAUCUUUGGAAUCCAAUUCCACCGUGGUCAGAUGGGUGCAUUCAAAUGCUCAGCUGGCCGACGCCUUGACGAAGCCACUACCACUAGGUGUGCUUCAGAAGUCCCUGAUCGAAGGAUCAUGGACGCUUGGCUACGACCCUGACUUCACAAGCGCGAAGAAACUGCGCAAGAAGCAGGGCACGUCCUGUGGUUCGACCUUGGAAGCAUCUCAUGGCCAAGGUUUUUGGGGCAUCUUGGAAAGUGAGGUUGACAGGUCUGCUGAGUCUGCUGUCCUGCCUGAGGAUUGGGAGAAACGGCUUCAAUACCUCUUGAAAGCAAACAACGAGCUGCUCAUCGAAAAGCUGCAGAAUCUGACUCGGGUGAGUGUGGUGGAUCGUCUGAGCAAAGUUACCACAGAGAGUGAGACUUCAGCCUACGUGCACCUCAGAACAACAACAGGCUUGUUUCUGCGACCAACGCACUGGGAGGCUCCAAGGCUUUUCUCCAAAUCUGCCAGAAGAGCUGCUUGA